UUCAAGAAAACAAAGCACAGGAGAAGAUGUCCUUGUAUCUUUUCGGGUUAGCAAGCUUUGACCAUGCAUACCCGAUUGAGUUGGAUCGGAUCAUCAAUUACCCGACCCUAUUUCAAAUUCUAUCCUUAAUCUCCAAAAACCUCCUUAUUAGUUAUUACAUCGUUUUUGUUUGCCGGGUUUCUGUUCUGCCUUCUGGGCUUCUUGAAGCAAAAUUUCUGCAACUGAAAUUCCAGGCAUGGAAGAGCAAUUUAUACUACGGGUUCCACCUUCGGUAGCCGAACGGUUAGACCGUCUCUUGAGUGAAAAUGCAUCUUCAUCUUCUGAUGACAAGUCAUUAGAUUUAACCUUUUCUGAGGAUAGCAGAAGUGGCACAUUUUCAGUAGGAAAUGAUCACUUCCCUGCAUUUCUCUUGGAUUUACCUGGCACUGUGGAGUCAUACAAAACUUAUGAUGAUAGCGUUCUGAUUAAAACUGCAGAUAUUGGUCAAAUGAUUAUGGUGAAGGAGGAAGGUGACAAUGUUCCAGAUGAGGUGGAGUACAGACACGGCCUCACCCCUCCGAUGAGGGAUGCUCGAAGGCGAAGGUUUCGCAGAGAACCAGAUCUAAAUCCGGAGCUGGUUCGGCGUGCUGAGAAAGAUUUGCAGAAUAUUAUGGCUGGUGGAACCGCUGAGAAUAUUGAUGUUGAAGCCGUUGAGCACGAGGAAGAUGGCGAGGAAAAUGCUCGUAAUGCAAGUAAGAAGGUGGAACCUAAGCCUCCAGAGAAGCCUGAUGUACCUGAGGCUGAGACGGCUGGUGGGGAGCCAGACAGAAGCGAUUCUGAUGAGUCUGAUGAUUCAAUGUGAUGGAGGUCCUUCAUUUAAGCUUAAGUAGGUGGUUAGACAUACUAUUUGCAUAUUUAACUUGUAGGGUCGUGGGUCAUCAUCAAAUGUUUAUGUCUAGGGGUUUCUAGUUAAAGGAGUUAAAAGUAGUUUAUGGUUUGGUGUGCCCUGUUUGGAUCUUGUAGUGUUGAUAGUCUACUUGAGAUUCAACAUUUUUGUUGUAUUUUCAAACAUUGGAUAAGUUGUAUAUACCAAUAGGAUGUUAGGUAUCUAAUGAGAGUGGAAUCAUUGUAGCUAAGGUAUUCUGGCAGAGUUAAAUUUGUCAGAUGGGACAUGGUCUGUCAACCCCUUUUUUCUUUGGGUGGGGCGACCUAUACUCAAGGAAGUUGAGGACAUUUACCUGUCUUCCCCACUGGGAUGUUGUGGUGU